AUGACACUCAGUAAUAUAUCGGUAUCCAUACAUAGCCCAAGUUGUUCAUCGGUGGGCACACAAUGUUCACCGCCGCCAGUAUACGAAAAUUUGGAGAAUUACGGGUGUUAUGCAGACUGUUCACUGAAGUCCGCCUGUUCACACAGCAAUGGACAGUACCAACCGGUAUGUACAGUCAACGAUAAUCCGAUUUAUAAGGGAACAACACCGACUAAUGAUACUUACGAUCCGUCAUUAAGUUCAUCGGACGGUAGCCAUCGGCUAAAAUAUGAUACAAUGGAGACAAGCAUGUAA